AUGUAAAUAGAAAGUGAGCUUCUUGCAACUGAAUAAAAAAUUUUUCCUUUGAUAUCCAAAAUGGAUAAUAAUGAACAAAUGUUAAUUUUUGGUAAUUCUAAUGUUCGGAAAAAUUAUAUUCGGCAAAAUGUUAGACCGGAAGAUAAGAUGAAUCUGUUAAAAUAUACACUCACGUUAAUGAUGUUUGCCGGAUGCUGGCGACCGACGUCAUGGGUAUCCUCGUUCAAAUAUAAACUUUACAACGUUUAUACGACAUUUCUGAUUCUUAUGUUAUAUGCGUUCGCGAUUUCUCAACUUAUGGCUAUUGUUUUAAAUGCCGCCAAUCCUGAAGAAUUUACUAGCGUUUUGUAUAUGAUGAUGACCGUGUGCAUCGCGAUCUUUAAGAUAUCCAGUAUGUGGAUGAAUCGUAAAAAUGUAGCGGACAUUAUUAAUAUUCUUACCAAGAAACCAUUUAAACCGAAGAUAGCUAGCGAAAUAAAGAUUCGUCAAAAUUUCGACAAAAUGAUACGGUAAAUAUUAUGUUUAAUUAUAUCUUUUUU